AUGGGCAAGUUCAUGAAACCUGGGAAGGUGGUGCUGGUCCAGGUCGGAUGCUACUCCAGACACAAAGCCAUCAUUGUCAAGAUCACCUCAGAUGGCCCCUACAGCCAGGCUCUGGUGGCUGGAGUUGACCGCUAUCCCCACAAAGUGACAGCUGCCACAGACAAGAGGAAGAUUGCCAAGAGGUCAAAUAUCAAGUCUUUUGUGAAAGUCUAUAACUAUAAUCACCUCAUGCCCACCAAGUACUCUGUGGAUAUCCUCUUGGACAAAACAGUUGUCAACAAGUAUGUCUUCAGAGACCCUGCUCUCAAGCGCAAGGCCCGCCAGGAAGCCAAAGUUAAAUUUGAGAAGAGGUACAAGAUGGGCAAAAACAAGUGCUUCUUCCAGAAGCUGCAACUUCCGUCCUCCGGUCGCGGGACACCCGGACACCACCCCCACCCCCACCCCCCGGGGCCACUAGGCCUAGCAGCUCUCAUUCAGCCGCGACCGCUGCAGCGCGCCCCGGGAGCCCGCCUGGCAGACAAUCGUAAAGCCGCUCGGGGCUGCUCACCUGCUCCCGCCUUCCGGGGCCCCGGUCCUGCCCUUCCACCGCUGCCCCCUCCGCUGUCCGCCCCCCGCCCGAGCCCGCGCUUGCGCUGGGCACUAAGCCGAGUCCUCCGAGAGGAGGAGAGGAUGCGGCCGGCGGCAGUUGUCCACAGCAGUGCAUGGUGA